AUGGAGAAAGCUCUUUCUCAACUUGUUGAGCUCCAAGUUUUAGAAUGCAAUUCAAUGAAGAGGAUUGUGUUAAUUGAAACUGAAAAUAGUGGAAUAAGUAGUGAUGAGAAGAUUGAGUUUCAUUCACUACGCUCCUUGAGUCUUUGUCAUUUGCCAGUCAUCCAUGAUUUUUGCUCAAAUGAAAUGACAUCUUUUAUGACAGCCACAUCAUUAUUUAAUGGCACUAAGGUUAGUUUUCCUAGCUUGGAGGCCCUGAAGUUGAGUUCAAUCAAUCUGGAAAAAAUUUGGGAUGAUCAAGCCAAUUGUAUUCAGAAUUUGACUCACUUGAUUGUUGAGGAUUGUAGAGGACUCAAGCAUUUAUUCUCAUCUUUUUCGGUUAGAAGUCUUUCAAAACUCAAACACCUUGAAAUAAGCAAAUGUGAGAUGAUGGAGGAAAUCAUUGCUCCAGAUUGCCUUGCAACACAAGAGGUCCGGUUCACAAAGUUGGAGACCAUGGUAGUUAAAGACAUGGAAAGCUUGAAGAAAGUAUGGCGCCUUCAAUUUGCUAGUUUAAAGAGUCUGGAGGUAAGCAAUUGUGGGAAACUUGUGGAUAUUUUCCCAUCUGAUAUGCUGGGAACGCUUGGAAGCCUUGAGACUUUGACUGUCAGCAGUUGCGGUUCAGUGGAAGAGAUAUUCGAAUCAACCGCCAAAGGAAUCCAUAAUGAAGACGAAAGAGCUACACAACAAGUCUCACAAUUGAAGAAACUCCAUCUAUUUGGCUUGCCAAAGCUGAAACACAUUUGGAGUAGAGAUGCUCAAGCAAACCUUCGUUUUCAUAAUUUGCAACUUGUGCGCGUUGAAGACUGUGAGAACUUGGAAUACCUUUUUCCAUUCUCCAUCGCAAUGCAAGCUACUCAACUAGAACAUAUUAUCAUAAAAUAUUCAGGGAGGAUGAAACAUAUUGUUUCAGGCAACGAAGUGAUCCCCAUGGACAGUCCAUUUACUAUGUCCAUUAUUAAGGGCAUUAGAUGUCCGCAUGUGUUUGAAAUUGAAGCUCUUCAAGACACAAGGUACAAGACCCAAGAUAGAGUUUUUGAUGGUAAACAGCAAAUCUCAAUGCAGCAGCCUCUUUUUACACUUGAAGAGGUGAUUUGCAACUUGGAGGAGUUGACCCUAAAUAGUGAGGAUGCAAGCAUAAUAUUACAAGGACAACUUGCAAGAAAACACUUCAGGAAACUCAAAUUUCUUUAUUUGGCAAAUUUUGAAGAUGAUCAUGCUACUUUUCCCUAUUGGUUUCUCCAAAACAUAACCACUCUCAAUGAGCUACUUGUUGAAAAGAGUUCUUUCAAGGAGAUAUUCCGAGAAGAAAUACCUAUACAGGACAAAGGAAAAUUUAAGAUCGGAACACGAAUUAAAUCAUUGACACUCAAUCGAUUGGAUGAUCUGGAGCAUAUAUGCAAAGAAGGAUUUCAAAUAGACCCAGUUCUUGAAGAGCUUGAAUACUUAGAUGUGGAUCAAUGUUCCAAAUUGAAACACUUGGUGCCUUCCUCUGUUACUUUUAGUCACUUGACAUAUUUGGCAGUGGAAAAUUGCAAUGGAUUGGUUCACUUAAUUACCUCAUCAACUGCAAGAAGUCUAGUCAAAUUAACAACAAUGAAUAUAACGAACUGCAAUUCACUUGAGCAAGUUGUGGUGGCAGAAGAGAGGGAAGGGUCUGAAAAUGAAAUUGCAUUUAACAGCUUACAAAUUUUGGAGCUUGAGUGUCUGCCAAUGAUCAAGAGGUUCUGCUCUAGUAACUCUGUGUUGAUCCUUCCAUCACUAGUGAAUGUUGUUGUUAAGCAGUGCCCAAGAAUGAACAUCUUCUCUAUGAAAAGCGCAAGCACCCCAAGUCUUCGAGAAAUACAAUCAAAGGAAGAAGAUGAAAAGAUGUAUUGGGAAGGUGACAUAAACAGAACAAUAAACAAGAUGUUUGUGGAUAUGGUGGCAUUCCAUAGUUUUGAGCAGUUAGAGCUAUCUCAGUAUCCAGAGUUAAGAGAAUCGUGGUACAACCUUGUUCAACAGGGAGUGUUUGUUAAUUUGAGGAAUCUGGUAGUGCAGAAAUGUGAUUUUUUAUCAGAUGUGCUGCUGCCUUUAAAUUUGGUGCAAGCGCUAUCCAACUUAGAGGAGCUUCAAGUAAGUGAAUGUGAGUCAUUGGAAGUUGUGUUUGAUCUGACCAACAUGGAUCGAAAGGAAGUCUUUGUUAAGGAGACCAUUCCGCUGAAGAGAAUAACUCUCUCUAGUCUACCUAAGCUCAAACACGUAUGGAAACAGAACUUCCAAGAAACUGUCAGUUUUAGAGAAACAACAGAAGGUCAAAUCCAGCAUCAGCGUCGUGCAUGUUCCAUUCAACAGGUACGUUUCCCCAAUUUGCAGCUUGUGUGUGUUGAACACUGUGAGACCGUGGAAUACCUUUUUCCACUCUCCAUUGCAAUGCAAGCUACUCGACUUGAACGUAUUACCAUAAAGUAUGCAGGGAGGAUGAAAGUAAUUGUUUCAGGCAAAGAAGGCCUCAUGGACAGUCCUAUUAAAUUUGAGUUUAAUCACUUGACCUCAUUGGUGCUUUGGAAUUUAUAUGAACUGGAGGGAUUUUUUGCUGGAAAUCAUGGUGUACUAUGUCCAGUAUUAAGGGAAUUAGAUGUCCGCCUUUGUGUGAAAUUAAAGCUCUUCAAGACUCAAAAAGAGGCGGAGGGAUCUGAAGAUGAAAUUGCAUUUGGCAGCUUACAAAUUUUGGAGCUUGAGUGUCUGCCGAUGAUCAAGAGGUUCUGCUCUAGUAACUGUGGGUUGAACCUUCCAUCACUAGUGAAUGUUGUUGUUAAGCAAUGCCCAAGAAUGAACAUCUUCUCUAUGAAAAGCACAAGCACCCCAACGCUUCGAGAAAUACAAUCAAUGGAAGAAGAUGAAAAGAUGUAUUGGGAAGGUGACCUAAACAGAACAAUAAACAAGAUGUUCACGGAUAUGAAGUUUGUGGACAAACCAUUGGAAAAGCAAAAUGUUUAUGUUUAG